AAAAAAGUAAUGAUUGUAAUGUUAAAUUGAAGAUAAGUGGAGUUAAGUUGAGUUGAGUUGAAAAUUGUUGCGAAUCCAAACACACUCAAUAUUGUCAUUGCUGUCUUGGUGUAUAAACUAGUGAGAGAGGUUAAAGAAGAUGAACAAGUUAUGGUAUCCAAGGCAUUGUAUAGCUUCAUAAGUAUAUUUAUAUUCCUCUGACACACAAAUAGCACAGCAGUAGAGACAACCAUUUUAGUUGCCUGUCCACGUGAGGUUGUAUUUUCUAUACGUAUAUACCAACUAGUGAUAUUUUUAUUGCUCCCGUUAUUAUUAAUGUAUAUGUGCACGUGUGCACACAUUUUCAUUGAAAACAACCUCGGAAAUUGUUAAAAAUUAUUAAAAGAAAAGAAAAAAGAAAGAAGGAAAAGAAAGGAGUUCAUUUAAUUUCAAGUAAACGCAUAAAAAGGCAAAUUCACGUUACUUGUUGAACUUAAAUGAGAUUUUGAGGUGCAAAAGCUUAUGAUUGCACGUAAUUUUACUGACAAUUUUCAACAUUUUGAAAACUUACGCAGUUCCAAAUUCACUAUAAAAAGUUUCAUUUUUUGAAGUUUUUAUUGAAGGAGACAGAGGGAGUUCUUGUUCUGAAAAUGGGUAGAAUAUAAAAAUGAGAAGGCAAAUUGCCUCGGAUGCCUUGAGCUGAGAGCUGUACAUCUCCUGUUUCUUACUAAACCAGCAAAGGUUUUAUAGGUCCCGUUGUUUAAUUAUACAUAUAUAUUAUACAUAUAUAAAUAAAUAUAAUGGACAAAGAUCUAUCUAAUGUACCAGUGCCCCACAAAAUAGCUUGUCCGUCCACAGGUUGAUCUUUCCGUGUUAUUUUUACAUUAUGGUCUCUCAACAUCUGAGAAAAUGUAGUGGAAAGUUAUUAUUUUGUAGCAUAUCAUUAUAUUACUGAUAAGCUAGAUUUGAAUAAUAUGGACAUUUUAUCGAGUGAACUAAAGGUUACUUCUAGAUUUCGAGCACUUGAGCGUCGAAGCAUGGAGGAAUCUACAUUUGGGGUGAACUAUGACAAAAUCACACUGUUUUCCUUCUUCCACCUUUGUUGAAGUUUCUUAGUGAGAGAAGUCCUUAAAUAAGAAUGAAGUUUCACAUGGCAUUAGAGCGAGUUUGAAAGAAUCCAAGACCGAUAUCAUAGAAGUAGAAACACUCAGAGCUGUCUUGGAGAUUCUUUUUCUUGCCCACCAAAGAAGACUUUGUCUCACAGUUCAUCAACCCUUUCUGUUCCUUUUGGCACAAAAAUCAUCAAGUUUUCAAAAUUCUUUUCGUGUGCACGUAACAUUUUGGAUCCAUCAUAAUAUUAGAGCAUUAACGUCAGUGCUGAAGCUAUUUGAUUGCCAACAAUGGUGAAGCUUCAAUCAAGUGCGAGUUUAGUCGAUGCUUCUUCUGCAUUACGUACCAUCGAGGAAGAAGUGAAAGUGAAGGGACAGAGCGUGAACAUAGUCAUAGCAGAGAUAUCAGCGGAGUUGCAGAGGGAGAAGCAGAGGAAUGCAGAGCUCACGGAGAGAAUAUCAGUUCUUGAAGCUCAGAUACAGCAAAGGGAUAAGGAAUCUUCUCUUCUCAAUCGCAAAGCACAGGGAAGUUGCCCUGGACAUAGCUCGGGCAAAAGAAAGAGACUGGGGGUCGAGGAAGUUAGUGAGAGUACCCAAAAUGGACACAGUAAAAGCAAAUCAGUCCUAGCGAUCAUCCCUAAAGCAAAUCGAGAAGUGAAAGCUCGGUUUUCAGAUUCUGAAUGUUCCAAGGAUGGGAAUUCUUGCUCUGGUAUUGCUGGAAAAGAAGAAAUUGUCCUCAACAAUGAGCCGCUUGUUAUAGAUAUGAAUGCCGGGGCGGAGGGUAAGAAGGAAAAGAGUGAGAACAUGGAUGGAAAUGAAGUGAUCACUUUCCAGAAGGAUACUUGCCAUAAAAAGCCUUACAAAGUGGCUUUCUGCCCGAAAGAAGUCAAGAAGAUCCUCGAGUUGGAGUUCCUCCUGCAAAAGAAUGGUCAGUCCCACACUAUGAGAAAGAUCAUCGCUUUUGCCUCCCUUGGGAUAAGGCACGGUUACGAAGACCUGUACGAGUUAGACUACAACCACUUUAGAAUUCUCAGGAAGGGAGAACCCUAUAUCUCUCCAAAAAAUCCGGGGGAGCAUGUUCUAUACAAAAAUCCUGUGUUUCGGCAGAAGAUCUUCUUCCCAAACCAAGAGAACCCGACACUUUGUCCAGUCCAAAUACUCGAGGAAGAGAAGGCAAUGCGCCCUUCUGAUUCUAGCUGUCCAUCGUGCUUGUUCUUGUGCAUCAAGUACGGCGGAAGCACGAGAAACCUCCCACAGAAUGAGUACGUGAGACAGCGAAUGGGAAAGAACAAGCUGAAGUCUUUUGGGCCAUUAAUGUGCAGAAUGGCAUUGCUGGUAAAUGUACGCAGUGGAAGCUUCUUCUUCAAGGCAGUCGGGAUCACGCUCCUAUUUAUGGCUGGUUUGUCCGACGACUUAGUUCAGAGAGAAACCAAAUAUCGGAGCUUGGAUUUGAUUCAGAAAUACUACAGGACAGAUGACGACGCUGAAGGGGAGCAGCUGUUUCUUGAACACCUUAGAAACUCGAGUUCAGCUAACCUUCCCUAUGACAAGCCGGUGAGCAAGAAAACUCCGACUUACAAAUCGAAGACAAGCCAGCAGAUUGGUGCCCAUAAUAAGGCAUGGAACGCACAGCAUUCCUCAGCUAAAAAUUCUCCUUCCACAGGCUGUGCUCUAUCUCAGUUCGGGUUGAUAGGCUAUAGCAGCAGCUACCCUACCAAAGCUGCAGCAAUUCAGUCCAUACCAUCUCCGUUUCUAACUCCAUUAGAUCCCGGAAAGACUUUCGCAACUCCAGUGCAUGAGAAUCCAGGAACGAUCAGCUCGUGCCACAUUUUUCCUCCGCGACCAAUGAACUGUUUUGUCCCGAUGAUGUUUUGGCCUCCGCCAGACACAUAUUCCUCAUUCCCAUCGGCUGCCAAUUACUUCCCGCACCAAACCCUUCCCCAUUGUUACUAUGGGUAUCCUCCCAUUCAUCCUGCUCCCGCUCAGAACAGUCUCCCCAGGGAAACGGUUCAUGAUGAAGUAAGGAAUGCUGCAGCCUCAGGAGAAGUGGAUGGAGAUUCAGGUAGCAGUGCCAGCAGCUCAUAGCAGAAAAAGAGGCAAGACAAAUUCGGGUUUAGCUCCCACAGUAAAAUUAUGCCAUAUUGCAAGAGGAGCAGUUUAGUCGAACACGAGACAUCUUGCAAUUGCAUCCUUCCUCUAUACGUUGCAUUUUAGUUUUGUUCCAUGCCUAUGUAAAUAUUCACCAUUUUUACGAGCUUGUCAACAUUUUCUAGGCCAACUCUGAUUGGAACCUUAUAUUCUGCAAAACUCAUGUGCUGUUUGUUUUACUAAGUUCCUACUUAACAAGAUUAUACCAGGAGUUUGAUUUUCAUA